AAAAAUACUUUCCUCCCCCAUUUCCCCUCUCCUCCUCCACUCCAUCAGAAACGCCACCUUUUCUUCCUCCCCUCCUGCCCCUCUCCACCCACACAAAAAAAGCUUCAUUCCUUCUCUUCGGUUCUGUUUCUCUCAGAACUACCAACUUGAGGGAAAAGUCUGCAUUUUUCCUCAAUUCCAACUUCACUAAAAAACCAUGGCUUCUCUAAUCUUGUUCUGCAGCUCGAUUACUCCAUCAUCCAUGGCGGUUUCCACGCGAACCCACUUCCCAGUUCUCCCUCACGAGCUCUCCUGUUGUGAUCACCACAAUUUGCACUUCCAAAUCAGGAAGAGUAGUAACAAGAGAAGGCAUAAAUCGAGUAGUCAACCAGUCGUCAAAGCAGUAGCGGCGGCAGAAGCCCCGCCGGCGACCCAACCGAGUGGGGAAUUGAAGGAGCAGAACAAGAGGAAGCUCAGAGUUCUGGUCGCCGGCGGUGGGAUUGGUGGGUUGGUUUUUGCUCUGGCAGCAAAGAAGAAAGGGUUUGAGGUAAUUGUCUUUGAGAGGGAUUUGAGUGCUAUUAGAGGAGAAGGGCAGUACAGAGGGCCAAUUCAGAUACAGAGCAAUGCUCUGGCGGCGCUCGAGGCUAUCGAUUUGGAUGUCGCUGAUGAGGUUAUGAGAGCUGGUUGUGUUACUGGUGAUAGAAUUAAUGGCCUUGUUGAUGGGAUUUCUGGCACCUGGUACGUGAAGUUUGAUACAUUCACUCCUGCUGUAGAGCGUGGGCUGCCAGUCACUCGAGUUAUAAGCCGAAUGACUCUGCAGAGAAUCCUUGCCUCUGCUGUUGGUGAAGAGAUUAUCCAAAAUGGUAGCAAUGUUGUCGAUUUUGAGGACGAUGGAGAUAAAGUAAUGAACAUCAUGUCGUUCUGGUUUCUGUUUCUUGUCACUGUGACACUGGAUAAUGGAGAGCAGUACGAAGGCGAUCUCUUAGUUGGUGCUGAUGGAAUAUGGUCAAAGGUGCGAACUAAGUUAUUCGGACCAAAGGACGCAACGUACUCUGGCUACACUUGCUACACAGGCAUAGCAGAUUUCAUUCCAGUUGACAUUGAAUCUGUUGGGUAUCGAGUGUUCUUGGGUCACAAACAAUACUUCGUCUCCUCUGACGUGGGAGCUGGAAAGAUGCAGUGGUAUGCAUUUUACAAUGAAGCAGCUGGAGGAACAGACAAGCCUGGUGGUAAAAAGGAGAGGCUGCUGCAGUUGUUUGAAGGAUGGUGUGACAAUGUGAUAGAUUUGCUCCAUGCCACGGAUGAAGAAGCCAUUCUCAGACGCGACAUAUUUGACAGGACUCCAACUCUUAGUUGGGGAAAGGGCCGGGUGACAUUGCUCGGGGACUCCAUUCAUGCUAUGCAGCCUAACUUGGGUCAAGGAGGGUGCAUGGCUAUAGAGGAUGGUUACCAACUGGCAGUGGAUCUUGUUAACGCGUACGACCAAAGCAUUGAAUCAGGAAAGCCAGUGGACGUAAUCUCUUCUUUGAAGAGCUACGAGAAUGCUAGGAGGUUACGAGUAGCCAUCAUCCAUGGAAUGGCUAGAAUGGCUGCAAUAAUGGCUACUACCUACAGACCUUACUUGGGUGUAGGGCUUGGACCAUUGUCGUUCUUAACAAAGUUCCGGAUACCGCAUCCUGGAAGAGUAGGUGGGAGAUUCUUCGUGAGCCUGGCAAUGCCUUCAAUGCUGAGUUGGGUCCUAGGUGGUAAUAGUUCAAAGCUGGAAGGGAGGUCAGCAUCGUGCAGACUGUCAGACAGAGCUAGUGAUCAGUUGAGCAGAUGGUUCGAAGAUAAUGAUGCGUUAGAGCGUGCUCUUGAUGGAGAGUGGUUUCUUCUCCCAUCUGGACAUGAGGCAGCUUCUUCAGAACCUAUUCAUAUGCCUCGGGACAAGGAACAACCCCUCCUCUUCGGGGCUACAUCGCAGGAAGAUUCCUCUGGAGUAUCCGUAAUCAUAACAUCUUCUCAGGUCUCCCCACAGCAUGCUCAGAUUAGCUACAAGGAUGGCUACUUCUACUUGCUGGAUCUCAGGAGCGAACAUGGAACCUUCAUCACAGACAAUGAAGGGAGACGGUACAGGAUACCUCCAAACUUCCCAACCCGGUUCCACCCCUCGGAUACUAUUGAGUUUGGUUCUGAUAAGAAGGCCGCAUUUCGAGUGAAGGUACUGCGGUCUUCUCCAAGGGCGGCAGAGAAGGAAGCGAAAGAAGUCGUUCAGGCAGUAUGAAUGAUUUUGGUGGUAGUUGGUGACGAAUUUGUACAGCAUUUGUUAGCAAUUUGAGCAGCAAUUAAUGUAUGCCGCAUAGCUAUAGGAUUGAAAAAGAAAUGAGUGAAAUAUACUAUGUUGCAGACUUUCAGCAGCAGCUGAAUGAUGUAAUAUAUUGAUCGUAGAACGAAAAAAGAAAACGUUUUCGCGCUUCAUGCACUACAGACAGGUAUCUGCAUCUUUCUACAACUUGGAACAAGACUGCAAAGAAACAGUAAACUGGAACACCAGAAAGGAACAAAUCCUACACAUAAGGAAUUAAACAUACGACGACAGCAUGUACAUUUUGGAAGCUUUAUUUACGGUUCUGCCAACUACCUGGCAUUCAGGAAGCAGGAGGCGAACCUGUUUGGUCAAGAAUGCAUCUCUUUUAUUAUGUUGGCAACAGGAUGAGGGAGCCAAGCCGUGUUUCCACCAGCUUUGUUCUCAUCCGACUUCGACCCCUUCCCAAGUUUGCAGCUCACAGCUCGUCCAACGGACAUACCGAGCUUCAUUGCAGUGAAUGCGCCCAGUGCAACAGCCAACGGUCUAACCGCCCAGUGAAAAUCCUCCACGUGCCGGUAUUUCUCCACAAUCCCGGGACACGUAUCGAAGGUAACGAGCUCAACCUGAUCUGGAUCUGCCAAGUAGGAUUCUGAAUCUUCACCACCAAACACAAACCGUCCUGGGAAGUUUACUACGAGACAUCCGUUUGGAAGCACGCGUGAGACUCGGCCAGUAGCCCAGACAGAUCUUCCCUUGCGAGGCCAACUGAAUCGAGGAGAAGAAAUGUCAGCUUUCAGGCGUACGAAUUGGCCUAGAUAGUAAGGUUGAGCUAUUUCAAGCUUGGAGACGUCUCCCAUCCAGAGGAUUUCACGUCCGGCAAAUCCAACUGCUGCACGUCCAUUCCGUUUGAUGGAAUGGAGAAUGCCGACACGAGAGUGGUUGCUGCAGUUGUUGUCUGCCUUCAGACGAACCCAGUCACCAGCUGAAAGACCAUAUGCAACCCUCUCGAGGGUGGACUCCUGUAUCUUCACAGGGUUGUGAACUCCGGAGAUCUUCACCAGAACGAGUCCAGAUCUUUCGGAGUCUGUUCCGACGACUGUUCCUUUCUGCAGAGGUAAGGUCUGCGGCUUUUGUGCGUUCAGGGGUUUUCUUGAACGGACGGUGUCGUCUACUUGGAGAUAAUCUUUCGAGAGGUACCAGGUUGUAUAGCCGACGACAGGUGAAUUUUCUGGGAAUGAUUUACUGCCCCGCUGUGGACUAAUCCAUCCUUCAUCGGCUUGAACAGAAACCUGCGAGCUGCAAAUGCAACCAGGAUGUCAUCCAUUAAGGGUCGGUUUCGUGGAUCAUACUCAAAACAGCCGGAAAUAACAUGUUCCACGGCAGGAGGCAAACCGUUAGGUAUAGAUGGCCUCUCUUGCUUAAACACAACAGCUUUAUAAAUCUCCUUCGGUGAUUUUCCAGACCAAGGUUGAAUCCCAGUCAACAUCUCCAAUAUGCUACAUCCGAAACCCCAAGAAUCAGUCUCCAGACACAACGGACCUCUUGCUUCUGGUUCCCAUUGUUCAGGGGCCAUGUAACUUGGAGUUCCAAGCCUCAAGGCUACAUCUGAAUUCAACAAAGGUAUACCUAGAAGAAGGUAAGGGAUGCCGAAAUCCCCAAUCACUAAAUGGUCGUGCUCAUCGAGAAGGCAGUUGGAAGGUUUGACAUUCAGUAGCAACAAACCAAGCGAGUGUAACUGUAGGACUCCUCUUGCCAAGUCAAUGCCAUAUCUCAAGACAUCUGGUAGUUUGAGCUUGCCUCCCUUUGAUCUAGCAAUCUGGUCAGCAAUUGAUUCCUCGUAGAUUUUCAUUGCAAUGCAAAUCUGGCCAUUUAUCUUUGAGAUACCAUGCAACCAACAAACGCAUUGGAGUUCUCUCAUUCUCAUGAACAGGCCUUCAACAUUCUCCACAAAUUUCUGCCCUAGGUCUUCCUUUAGAGGGUGUAGCACCUUGACAGCUACUUCAUGGUGCUCGUCAAAGUCAUCAGAAGAUUGAUGGUGUGUUGCUAACCAUACAUCACCAAAUGUUCCUCGGCCAAUCCUGUGUUUGAACUUCAACUCAAAAGGAUUGAUCCAUGGCACAGUCUGUGUAGGUGUAGCCACAACUGUUCUCAGGUGGUCAGGAUCUCCAUCAAAGAGCUCGUACUCGAAAGACGCUGAAGGCUUGUGCAUUCUGAUCGACUUUUCCAUUCCCUA